AUGGGAUGUCGGCAAAGCUCAGAGGAGAAAGAGGCAGCACGGCGGUCCCGAAGAAUUGACCGCCACCUGCGCUCAGAAAGCCAGCGGCAGCGCCGCGAGAUCAAACUUCUCCUGCUGGGCACCAGCAACUCGGGCAAGAGCACCAUCGUCAAGCAGAUGAAGAUCAUCCACAGUGGCGGUUUUAACCUGGAUGCCUGCAAGGAGUACAAGCCCCUCAUCAUCUACAACGCCAUCGACUCGCUGACCCGCAUCAUUCGGGCCCUCGCGGCCCUUAAGAUCGAUUUCCACAACCCGGACCGCGCCUAUGAUGCCGUGCAGCUCUUUGCGCUGACGGGCCCAGCAGAGAGCAAGGGUGAGAUUACACCCGAGCUGCUGGGCGUCAUGAGACGACUGUGGGCCGACCCUGGGGCUCAGGCCUGCUUUGGCCGCUCGAGUGAGUACCACCUGGAGGACAAUGCAGCCUACUACCUGAAUGACCUGGAGCGCAUCGCCGCACCUGACUACAUCCCCACGGUGGAGGACAUCCUACGCUCCCGGGACAUGACCACGGGCAUUGUGGAAAACAAGUUCACCUUCAAGGAGCUUACCUUCAAGAUGGUGGACGUGGGCGGGCAGAGGUCAGAGCGCAAAAAAUGGAUCCACUGCUUUGAAGGCGUCACGGCCAUCAUCUUCUGUGUGGAGCUCAGUGGCUAUGACCUGAAGCUCUAUGAGGAUAACCAGACGAGCCGAAUGGCAGAAAGCCUACGCCUGUUUGAUUCCAUCUGCAACAACAACUGGUUUAUCAACACCUCACUCAUCCUCUUCCUGAACAAGAAAGACCUCCUGGCAGAGAAGAUCCGGCGCAUCCCGCUCAGCGUCUGCUUCCCAGAGUACAAGGGUCAGAACACGUACGAGGAGGCCGCGGUCUACAUCCAGCGUCAGUUCGAGGACCUAAACCGCAACAAGGAAACCAAGGAGAUCUACUCCCACUUCACCUGCGCCACCGACACCAGUAACAUCCAGUUUGUUUUUGACGCGGUGACAGAUGUCAUUAUACAAAACAAUCUCAAGUACAUCGGCCUUUGCUGA